CAAUCUCGGCUACGCUACAUUUCUCCAUAGCAUUUCUCGGCUAAUAUUAGCUAACAAUUGAUAAUGCACAUUAUGGUCAGUUGUACUCGCCCUGCUACAUAACAGCUCCGUUUCCGGACGAGUUAAAUGGGACAUGAAUCGCUACUAUUUCGGUUAUUUAGUCGCACUGGGUCUUCGUUCCCAUUUGCUGAAAAACUCCAUUAACCGUCAGCCCAUCUGUUUAUUGUCUGAAGUCAGGAGGUCGCCUCCUCCUCAUUCUGCUGGCGCUGCAUUAACUGUAGUAGCUGGGUCACUGGCUGCUGCUACUGCUGUUGCUGUUGCUGUGGUACAUUUAAGAAAUUGUUCCUACUCGACUGAACACGAACAACUCUAGCCUGUCCCGUGAGUCGUCUAUGAUGAGGAACUGAAGUCAAUAACUGUGGUUUUAGCGUGUGCGCAACCAAGUUCACCAUGAUGUCCAUGACUUUCGGGGUGUCGAGCAGCGUGACGCUGCUGUUUGACUUCUGGGAUGUGCACGGGCCGGCAGGGAUGGUGCUGUCGGUGAUUGUGGUCUUUCUGCUGACCGUCUUCUACGAGGUGCUCAAAGUGUGGAGGGUGUGGCUGGGGCUCAGCUCUAAGCUGGCCCAGUCUGAGUCUCCGUACGCCGCACCCCCAUCCGUCCGCAGCGACAGCAUCUCCGCCCUGGAGAGCAGCCCCUCCGAGUCCUCGCUGACCCCCAUGCAGGCACCCCCUCCCACUCCGAACACCAGACACAGCUGGUUGCUGCACAGUAUCCAGACAGUCCUCCACAUGCUGCAGGUGUCUCUGGGCUACAUGCUGAUGCUGUGCGUCAUGUCCUACAACACCUGGAUCUUCCUCGGGGUCAUUGUUGGCUCUGUCCUCGGUUAUUUCAUCUCAUUUCCUCUCCUGAGUAAGAUCUGAUGGUAUGGACAGUUCAGCCAGAGGAUGGAUUUUUUCCAUCCUCUGGCUGAGUUAAGAGGAUCUCCUGAUACCAAAUGGGGAAACUACUUGAUUGACUGAUUUCAGCGUGUUGCCUUGGGCUAGUAUUUGUGAAAAUUUGAACACUGGGCUGGAUAUGGAAACUGAAAUAUUCAUGCACAAACUCGGCCUCGGGGAAAGAAAAAAAAAUGUAACUCGACAUACAAAGUUCUAACAUUUGUCUUUGACCAUUGGGACAGUGUGUAUGAUUUGGUUCUUUUGUGUUAAAGGGGACAUAAUGUUCCGUUUCUGAGGCACAGUCUUGCUAAUCUUCUCAAACAGCAAACAUCUAAGUGAGCGAUGCAUGUGAAAAAUGGAGUGCUGCUUGCUUAAACUCUUCUUCUUUUGUUUAUUUAUCCUAAAAUGCAUUGGAAGCUAACACAGCAGAGGUGCAACACUCAGCGACGGAAAGUCACGCGGAGCUUGUGGCAUAUUACGGUUUGUUUCUGUAAUUUUCUGUUUUCCUGGUCAACCUUGACGGACAUUUUUUUUCUAACUACUACACAGUUCCCUGUAUUUUACUAAACAAUGACACUACAGGUGAUCAAAAUGUUUGAGAUUUCUAAUCAGUUAUAAAAAGGAGAGCUCUGGCUUAGUUGAUAAGACACUGUUACUGUACAGUAGCUUUAAAGUGGAACUCAUCCUGAAGACUUUUGUGUUUUUGACUGCUUAAAUAAGUAGUGUUGAAAACAGAUUUUUCUGGGGUUUGUGUGCAGUGUUUUGGAUUGAAAUCUAAAAUCCUUACAGUCAGAUGUCAUAAGACAGAGCUCAGAUUCAGGAACUGAAUCAUAUGAUUGUAGCUUGUUAACUUCUCUAAUCUUGGCUCACUAACAGAUCAGUCAUUCUCACACGUAUACCAGGGGACAGUGAGAGGUGAUCAUGUGGUUCUGUGGCAAUCAUUGACAAACAACGAACCUGCAGAGAAAAGAGUCUCGCAACUGACAUUUCAGAUGUGUUUUCUGUUGUAUUUCAACAAGUAUGCUCUUUCCUUUCGAUAUUGAGUAUUUUUACUAGUUUUACAACGGAUUCAUAUAGAAACAUGUUCAAAUAUGUCUUGACGACUUGAGAUUGUUAACUGUUAAAUAUCAAUCAAUUUCUUUGUGAUGGUUACUUGUCACAACAACUUGGUUGACAAAAAUAAAGAAUAAAAUUGAUGACAUUGUUAUUGUUAUUCAUCCAUUUAUAUAUAUAAUUUCGAGAAAAGCAUGAAACAUAAAAGUUGAGCUGCUCACACCAAACAUACAGGUUUUUAUAAUAAACAGGAGAGGGUGACGGUCAAUGGUCCUCCAUUGGAAGUAAUGGGUCUGAAUCUAAAGGCAGAAAACUCAAAAUGUGCUUUGGAUACGGUGGCAGUAGGCCAUUUCACAACAGGACACUGACUCAACCCUAUUGAGAGGUGGAAUCACAGCUCUCCUCUCAGCAUUUAACAGCAGAUUGCAGCUUGGUGUGUUGAUGCACAAAAGUGAAACUGACGCUGACACCAAAAAAAUGUGGUGACACUUUUCCCUUAACUCCCUGGAAAAAAAACUGAUAUUUAACUGCAGAAUAAUGAAAAAAGGAAAUGAAGUCCUGGAAAGGACUAUGUAAUUUGGUACUAAUUAUUAUUAU